GCUUAACCGGCAUCGGCCAAUCAGGCUCUGGGGGCUCGACCCCAGGCCCCGCCCCUUCCACAAUGGCAGCGCCGGGGAGCCACGUGGGGACCGGGGGGGGCCGGGAGACGGAGGAGAACGGGGGAGAGGGAGAGGGAGAGGGAGAGGGAGAGGAAGAGGAAGAGGAAGAGGAAGAGGAAGAGGAAGAGGAAGAGGAAGAGGAAGAGGAAGAGGAAGAGGAAGAGGAAGAGGAAGAGGAAGAGGAAGGGGAAGAGGAAGAGGAAGGAGAAGCGGCGCUGCGGGCCGUGUUCCCCCGCGACCCCGCGCUCUUCGCCGAGCUGUUCCCGGAGCGGCGCCGGUUCCGGCUGUGCGGGCGCGUCCUGCGCAUCGCCGAGCACCACGGGCCGCGGCUCGGGCCCGCCGGGGCCGUCUGGGAGGCGGCCCUGUCCCUGUGCCGGUUCCUGGGCGAGCAGAACCUGGAGCUGGCGGGGCGGCGGGUUCUGGAGCUGGGGGCCGGUACCGGCAUCGUGGGAAUCUUCGCUGCCAUGCUGGGGGCCGAGGUGACGCUGACGGACCGGCCGCGGGCGCUGCCGCAGCUGCGGGAGAACGCGCGGCGCAACUUCCCGGGCGGCGCGGGGGAGCCGCGGGUGCGGCCGCUGCGCUGGGGGCGCGACCAGCGCCGCUUCGCCCCCGAGUUCCACCUCAUCCUGGGCUCCGACAUCGUGUACGACCCCCGCGCCUUCGCCCCGCUGCUGGGCACCCUCCGGCACCUGCUGGUGCCCCCGGCCCGGGCGCUGCUCAGCGCCCGCCUGCGCCGCGGCGCCUCCCGCUUCUUCCGCCAGAUGUUGCCCCCGUUUUUUGGGGUGCAGCUGCUGCGGCGGGAGCCCGAGGGGGACAUCGAGAUCUACGCGGUGACCCCGCUGGGUCAGGGGCUGGGGUCUCUUGCGGGGGGCUGGGGGGGUGCGGAGGGGGAUUAAAUGCGCCCGAGGUUCAGCCGGUGUGUGUGAUUUUGGGG